UUAAUGGCACAGCUACGAUACAAUUUCAUACAAUAAAAAUAUUUAAGUGAUAUCAAAAAUAUUUAUUAGACCACUACUAUCGUAUCGUAUAUUUGCUUGCCGCUAAUUACAACUUAUUUUUUUUUAAUUACACUCCAAUAAAGGCGCACGUUCACGUCAGGUGUUAGGAAAGUUACAGAAAAGAAAUUUUAUUAUUUAGCAAGUGUCAAUUUAGUGUAUUUGUAUAUCAACGUUGGGUCGUAUCUAUCGGAACAACUAUGAACUCUAAACAAAAACCGGUUAAUCUGGCUGACGUCGUGGCGAAAGCGCACGAUACUUUCAACCGUGGUGUGACAAGGCCUAUAGAAUGGCGUCGCCAACAGCUGCAGAACCUAAUGCGUAUGUACACUGAGAAUCAGAAUGCGAUGGUUGCAGCAUUAGCCAAAGAUCUGAGGCGAUGCAAAAUGGAGGCCGUGCUGCUGGAGACUGAAUACCUGAUCAACGAUUUAAAGAACACGCUUAACAAUUUGGACAAAUGGGCCGAGCCGGAACGUCCGUCCAAGGGCUUCGUGAACAUGUUGGACGAUGUGGUGAUCUACAAUGAGCCGUACGGCGUGGCUCUGGUGAUUGGCGCGUGGAAUUACCCUCUUCAGUUGCUACUCCUGCCGAUGGCUGGUGCUAUCGCCGCCGGGAACGUAGUCGUUGUGAAGCCCAGCGAGCUAGCUGAGGCCUGCGCGCAGUUUGUGGCUGAAAUGCUUCCUAAGUAUCUAGAUAAUGACGCGGUAAUAGUAGUAGAGGGAGGACCUGAAGAGACCACAGAGUUAUUGCAGCAGAAAUUCGAUUACAUCUUCUACACUGGCGGAACUAACGUGGGCAAGAUCGUGUACUCCGCCGCCACCAAACAUCUUACGCCUGUUACCCUGGAGUUGGGUGGUAAGAGCCCAACUUACAUAGACGGUACAGUGGACAUUGAAGUGACGGCCAAAAGAGUUCUGUGGGGCAAGUUCAUUAACUCGGGUCAGACAUGUAUCGCGCCUGACUACAUCCUGUGCUCCAAGGAGGUGCAGGAGAAGUUCGUGAACGCAGCAAGGGGUGUCCUCAAGGAGUGGUACGGGGAGGACCCACAGAAAUCUCCGGAUCUAUGCAGAAUUAUUAAUAGCAGGCAUUUCAGCCGUCUUCAAGCUUUAAUAGAUGCGAGUAAAGAUAAAAUUGCAAUUGGCGGUCAUACCGACCCGAUAGAGAGGUUCAUUGAGCCUACAAUAUUGACCAAUGUGAAGGGUACAGAUAAAAUAAUGGAGGACGAAAUAUUUGGUCCAAUUUUACCUAUUGUACCCGUAGAGAACGCCUAUGAGGCUAUUAAAUUUAUUAAUGCCAGAGAGAAGCCGCUGACGCUGUAUGUGUUCAGUACGCGCAAGGAUGUCGUUGCGAACAUUGUCGACAACACUAGUAGCGGAGGGAUGUGUGUAAACGAUACUAUCAUGCACAUGGGAGUUGACACGUUACCAUUCGGCGGUGUUGGCAGCAGUGGUAUCGGCGCUUACCAUGGCAAGACGACAUUCGAUACCUUCACGCACAAAAAGAGUUGCCUCGUUAAAAAUUUCUCACCCAUCGGAGAGAAACUUGGAUCAUUACGUUACCCGCCCUACACAGAUAAGAAGCUGAAUGGAAUAACAAUGUUGAUGGCAAAGAGGUCGUUACCCUCCUUUAAGUUUUUGCCCUACUUGCUGACGUUUGUACUCGGAGCUGGCAUAUCUUAUGGUGUCUUCACCUGGCAGAAGAUGGCUUCGGAAAAUCAAUAAAAAGCUACGACUGAUUUAUUAAUUUUUUUUUAACUUUAUUUUUUAUACAAAUAAGGUAUUGAUGGCAAUAUUAACAUAUCAAUAUGAACAUA